CUAUUACCCUUAACCUCGAACCUGAACACCAGCGGGACGACUCCGAAUUUGAUCCAUUUGAUAUCCCAUCUUCCCGUGGGAAGUAUGGCUCUAUUCAAUGUAGGUACACAGGAAAUAUUCUGGGCAAUCAUGUGCUUUAAUGGAUGGUACUCUAGCGAGUACCUAUCUGGGUAUGUACGGUACUUUAUACAGCACACCUCAACCACCUACAUGCGGCCUACGGUGCAUGUAUUGAUGUAGGUUUGCCUGGAUAGAUGUAAUGGAAGGAAGGUGCCUCGUCCCUACCACCAAAGCACUUUUUGUUAGAUUUUAAUUCGACAAUGAACCUCCUUCCACGCUUCGUCCCGCACUUGUCUCUUAAUCUCUUCGUUGCCUAGGUAUCCUUACGUGCGAACUAGUCAACAACACUGUCAUUUGUUACUUGGACCACUUUGGUACAACAUUUUCUAAUUCUUCUCAACCGAGUGCCUUAUUAUUACUCCGGCAUCAUUCUUCCUGUGCGACUGAUUUGAGAUUUUGACGCCCUUUUACACCUUUCCAAACCAAAUCCUAUCAAGCACGCCGCACUCAAGGGUUUGGCUUUUCGUUCUGUUUCUUGCUAUCUGAAUAGUCUAUCCGGAUACUUCAUUAUCUGUCAUUUCCACACAUCAGCUCUAUUUCAUCUCUAGACCUCACCCUUAAAUCGUUUGCCCAUCAUGCCGUCAACUCCGGAGUUCGACUACUACGCCGCUCUCGAGGUGGAAAACACUGCAACGCCGCAGGAGCUCACAGCAGCCUACCACCGUCUUGCCAGAAUCCACCAUCCCGACAGGAACUUCGGCAAUGUUGAGGCUGCGACCGCAACCUUUCAAAGAAUCCAACUGGCUUACGAGACACUCUCCAACCCCCAGAGACGUACCAGAUACGAUCUAGGUCUCAACCCCCCUGCAUCCUCAUCAAGACGCAGCAGCACUUCCAGCUCUGAGUCCUCCUUCGAUCCCUUUGACUCCGCAACUUCGGAUGAGGGAAACAACUUUUACUAUUUCUUCUUCGACGACCAGGCUAGACGCCGCGCCGAGGCUGUAGAUGCUUUAAAUCGGCAUAUUUUAGCGGAGUUCCUGACUCGAUUGGCUGAAGCUAAAGGUAGAGAGGAGGCUAGAAGGCAAGAAGAGAAGGCCAAAGAAGAGGCUAGAAAGGAACGAGAGGAGAAAGAGGCCGAGACAGAGCGCCUUCAGAAGGCUCGAGAGGAAGCCCGCGUGAUUAUGGAGGAAACGAAAAUGAGAGAGAAGCAAGACCGUCAAAGGGAGGAGAAGGCGAAACAGGAAGUUCGCUGGGAGGCACAUCACGCUCAGACCAAGGAGGAGAAGCAGAAUAUUUGUCUCCACUCUUCGUCCUGUGAGAAGACCCAGCACAGAGGCAAGGUUAAGUGUGGAUCUUGCAAUGUCAAGAGAGGCAUCACUUCAUUCGAGUGCCCUUACUGCUCACUCUCCAUCUGCCAGAAGUGUAUCUUUGACUUCGAGAAGAAGCGAAUUGCCACCGACAACCAGUCUGCUACUAAACCCUCUACCGAUUCCGCUACUGAGCCCUCUUCCUCCGUCGAGGCUGAGUCUAUCUCUGAGGACAAGUCAACCGCGGAACCCGAGCCUGCUACGAAGCCUGCACCUGUUGUCGACCCCGAACCUACCCCUGAGGAUAAGCCGGCUACCAACCCUGAGCCUACUACCCAGCAGAAGCCCCAGGGAAACUCAAAGAACGGCACCGGAAACAAGAAGCCUGGUAACGGUAACCAGAACAAGCCCCGUUGCUACAACUGCAACAUGAUCGGCCACAUCGCCAAGCACUGUCGCAACCGCCACACCAACCAAGGCCAGAAAGCUUACGUCGGAAACACCAAGGCGGAUAACGGAAACUACAACUAGGACAACUCAAAGUCCAGAAUUUCAGGGAUUUGUAACAAAAUUGGCAUUUUUCGGUUUGCUUUUCUUCGAUUCGCUUUCAGUCUUUUGCAAUGAACUGCGCCUUGGGCCAUAUUGAUGACACAUGAGGAUUAGCGCAGGAGAAUACCCCGAAGGAAAAAAGGUACUCGAGUGGUGCUAAGAUUGAGGCUACAUGAUUGUUUUGUCUUGUGUAUUUGCUAAUUGACAUCUGGAGCACUUGGGCUCACUGACGCCAAAUCGUUCUGGCUUUAUUGAAAGAUGCUGGCCAUGCGUGCUUUUUAUGUAGCUAGGUAGUGAAGGAGCUAUGAAUGAAAUGAAUGAUGAAUACGUGAUGUGGAUAAGGGGCGAUGUGAUCUUUACUUGAGAAGACUGUGGUGUUGAAGUAUUAACCCUUAGGGAAUGGCCUAGCCCCCCGCCCGCUGGAUUACUGCCAUAUAUCACUAGGAUGAUUAUACGCCCACAUAUAGUUAUAACUAUUCCUGGUGACUGUACGUAGCCUGCUACCAAAGAUAACGACAAACUGGUGUUAAUGGG